UACCGACAAAGAAAGUUGUCUUCUCAUCUUGUCUACUCUAUUCUUUGUUUCGUUAUCAACUCUUACCACGUGUAUAUCCAUAUCUCUUUCACUUCAAUCCCCGAAACUCAAACCUUUAACCGCAGUAAUAAAGUAAAAACUUACAAAACACGCUUCUCUUUCUUGUCUUCUUCUUACCCACUGAGCUGACCUGAUAGUGAUGACAAUAGUUAGUUAAUUUAUGAAAACUUAACCUCUGAAAAUUUUGAACCUCCUUUUCUCUUACCUUUGAAUUUUAUCAAUUCAGUAAGCCAAUAUACGCAAGGCAUUUGAGAAAAAGUUUGAUUUUUUCUGAAUUCUGAAGAAUCUGAGAUUAAACCCCUUUUCCCUUUUUAAAUUUUAUAUUUUUUCCCUUGAUUAUGGAGCGUUAUGAGAUAGUAAAGGAGUUGGGUUCUGGUAAUUUUGGGGUAGCCAAGCUUGUUAGUGACAAGAAAACCAAAGAGCUCUUUGCUGUCAAAUUUAUUGAAAGAGGCCAAAAGAUAGAUGAACAUGUGCAAAGGGAAAUUAUGAAUCACAGAUCAUUGAAACAUCCAAAUAUAGUCAGAUUUAAAGAGGUCUUGCUGACACCGACUCAUCUAGCAAUAGUAAUGGAGUAUGCUUCCGGAGGAGAACUCUUUGCAAGGAUCUGUAAUGCUGGAAAAUUUAAUGAAGAUGAGGCAAGGUUCUUCUUUCAACAACUGAUAUCAGGGGUUAGCUACUGCCAUUUCAUGCAAAUCUGUCAUAGAGAUCUCAAAUUGGAAAACACUUUACUCGAUGGAAGUGCUGCACCACGUGUCAAAAUAUGCGAUUUUGGGUACUCCAAGUCAACUGUCUUUCAUUCUCAACCUAAGUCCACUGUAGGGACGCCUGCUUAUGUAGCACCAGAGAUCCUAACAAAGAAAGAAUAUGAUGGGAAGCUUGCAGAUGUUUGGUCAUGUGGAGUCACCUUAUAUGUAAUGUUAGUUGGAGCUUAUCCAUUUCAAGACUCAAGCGAUCCAAAAAACAUUACAAAGACUAUUGCUAAAAUACUAAGUGUCCGCUACUCAAUCCCCGAACAAGUCCAAAUUUCCCUUGAAUGCCGCCAUCUCUUAUCCAGGAUUUUUGUGGCAGACCCUGAAAAGAGAAUAACCAUUCCUGAAAUUAAAAAGCAUCCCUGGUUUUUAAAGAACUUGCCAGUGGAACUGAUGGAAGGAGGAAGUUACCAAUGCGUCGAUGUAAAUAACCCCUCCCAAAGUAUGGACGAAGUUCUGGCAAUAAUACAAGAGGCUAGAGUUCCUUUGCAGGUACCAAAGGGUGGAACCAAUUCUUUUUGGGGCAGCAUGGAACUUGAUGAAUUAGAUGAAGCUGAUAUUGAAGAUAUAAUUGAAAAUAGUGGCGAUUUUGUUGGUCAAUUGUGAUGUAAGUACACAGUAACAUAAUUACCAAAAGGGUGAACGUGUAGUGUGCUGUAUUAUCCAGAAUUGACUCUCAGAGUUCACCCUAUAAUUUGCUGAUAUUUUAUAUGUUUGACUUGGUAAA